UAACGAAAUUGUCUUUUGCGGAGUGGGCGGGGUCUUCCCGCGGGUCUGAGCGAACGGCCUCCGGUCUUUGUGAGAGAACUGGGGUCAGGUUGUUUGGAUUCCAGUGGAGCGGAGCUGACCCGCCCCGAGCAGGCCUCUGCCCUGCUUGGAUAGAGGCCUCCGGAGAAGAGUAAAGAAUGGCUAUUGAACAUCCACAAGGCACCUGCAAGUUACCGCCCUUAGAUGUGCCUUCCUAGCAACACAAAUAGACUUAGACAUCAAGUUUUACCACUUAAGGUGGUGAGUACCAAAUCUUUCUCAUAUAAAGACUGUGAAUCAAGGUUGAGACCAAGAAAUUAUUUCUGAAAAUGGAUAUUUAUGGAAUAGAAUCAUCCUGAUGGGAGAUAAUGGAAAAACUUACAAAACACAGCAUUGAGUGUUCAAGUUUCAGAGGUGACUGGGAAUGUAAAAGCCAGUUUGAGAGAAAACAGGGAUCUCAGGAAGGACAUUUCAGUGAAAUGAUAUUUACUCCUGAAGACAUGCCCACUUUCAGUAUCCAGCAUCAGAGAAUUCAUACAGAUGAGAAACUCCUUGAAUGUAAGGAAUGUGGGAAGGAUUUUAGUUUUGUAUCAGUCCUUAUUCGACAUCAGCGAAUUCAUACUGGUGAGAAACCUUAUGAAUGCAAAGAAUGUGGCAAGGCGUUUGGUAGUGGUGCAAACCUUGCUUACCAUCAAAGAAUUCAUACUGGUGAGAAGCCUUUUGAAUGUAAAGAAUGCGGAAAGGCCUUUGGUAGUGGCUCAAACCUUACUCACCAUCAGAGAAUUCAUACUGGUGAGAAACCCUAUGAAUGUAAGGAAUGUGGGAAAGCCUUUAGUUUUGGAUCAGGCCUUAUUCGUCAUCAGAUCAUUCACAGUGGUGAAAAGCCUUAUGAGUGUAAGGAAUGUGGGAAGUCCUUUAGUUUUGAAUCAGCCCUUACUCGGCAUUACAGAAUUCACACAGGUGAGAAACCUUAUGAAUGUAUAGAUUGCGGGAAAGCCUUUGGCAGUGGUUCAAACCUUACUCAACAUCGGCGGAUUCAUACUGGUGAGAAACCUUAUGAAUGCAAAGGAUGUGGAAUGGCCUUUAGCAGUGGUUCAGCCCUUACUCGGCACCAGAGAAUUCAUACCGGUGAGAAACCAUAUAUAUGUAAUGAAUGUGGAAAGGCCUUUAGUUUUGGAUCAGCCCUUACUCGACAUCAAAGAAUUCAUACUGGCGAGAAACCUUAUGUAUGUAAGGAAUGUGGGAAGGCUUUUAAUAGUGGCUCAGAUCUCACUCAACAUCAGCGAAUUCACACUGGUGAGAAACCCUAUGAGUGUAAGGAGUGUGAGAAAGCCUUUAGAAGUGGUUCAAAGCUUAUUCAGCAUCAAAGAAUGCAUACUGGUGAGAAACCUUAUGAAUGUAAGGAAUGUGGGAAGACGUUUAGUAGUGGUUCAGACCUUACUCAGCAUCACAGAAUUCAUACUGGUGAGAAACCCUAUGAAUGUAAGGAAUGUGGGAAGGCUUUUGGUAGUGGCUCAAAACUUAUCCAACACCAGCUAAUCCAUACUGGUGAAAGACCCUAUGAAUGUAAAGAAUGUGGAAAGUCCUUUAGCAGUAGCUCAGCUCUUAAUCGGCACCAGAGAAUACACACCAGUGAGAAACCCUAUGAAUGUAGGGAGUGUAGGAAGGCUUUUUGUAGUGGCUCAAGCCUUACUCAGCAUCAAAGAAUUCAUACAGGUGAGAAACCUUAUGAAUGUAAGAACUGUGGGAAGGCUUAUGGGAGGGGUUCAGAGUUUCAGCAACAUAAGAAAAGUCAUAAUGGUAUGAAACUCUGUGAAUUGGAAACUAUAAAUUGAAAUUAUGUGAUAAAAGGACUCUAAACAUAUGACAUAAGAAAAUUCAUAGUGGUGAAAAGCUCUACAAAGAGAACUAAGGUACAAAUGCCUUACUUAUGCUUCACAGGUUCGUCAGUCUAAGAAAAUUUAUACAGGAAAAAAAAAAAAACCCCGAAUAAAAUAAAUAUUUGAAGAUCCUUAUCUAUAUUCAUUCCUUCAUUACUUUUGGAAAAUUCAUAUUUGUG